GACUGUCCCCGCGACGCCACACGGGAGGCGGGCUGGGGAGUCAACGGCUGCCCAACACCAAGUCCCUGACACAGGAGGCUUAGAAACUUCACUCCCUGCGCUCUCCCCUCUCCCUUCUCGGCUCCUCCCAAUGGAAUUUCGUUUUAAAAGCCGUUAACUAUCGUGUCGGAGUAGCCCUUGGCGAAUUGUGGAUGACUGCGGUGGAGCCUUCACUAUGGGUGUCAUUGGUGGUGGAGUCUUCCAGGCUAUCAAGGGCUUCCGCAAUGCACCUGUUGGAAUGCGACACCGCUUGAGAGGUAGUGUCAAUGCUGUGAGGAUCCGAGCACCCCAGAUUGGAGGUAGCUUCGCAGUGUGGGGGGGGCUGUUUUCCACCAUUGACUGUGGCCUGGUGCGACUGCGGGGCAAAGAAGAUCCCUGGAACUCCAUCACCAGUGGUGCAUUGACCGGGGCUGUGCUGGCUGCCCGCAGUGGCCCGCUGGCUAUGGUGGGCUCAGCAAUGAUGGGGGGCAUCCUUUUGGCCCUCAUCGAAGGUGUUGGCAUCCUCCUCACCCGUUAUACCGCCCAGCAGUUCCGAAAUGCUCCCCCGUUCCUGGAGGACCCCAGCCAACUCACCCCUAAGGAAGGCGCCCCGGCCCCAGGUUAUCCCAGCUACCAACAGUACCACUGAGGGAAGUCGCUGCAUGACCCUGCCACUGUGGGAGCUGCUCCUCAGUUCCCUCCCCUGUGUUCUACCUCCAAGGGAGGACUGGCUCCUAUGUAGCCCUGAGAUUCUCCAGAGAGGGCCUUUACUCCCUUGUUCUAUGGUGGGGGUGGGGCACCCAGCAGCCUUGUCACAUGGGUCCCCUAUUUGUCUCUCAGGGCACCCCAGCCUCACACAUGUAACAACUUCUCACCCCAGUUCCUUCAUGUGGCACUCUUGAGUAUUUAAAGCCAGUUUUGAAAUGCC